CACGAUAUAGAGUUCAACAAUACCUUGAUCUUGUUGAAAGGAGUGUUCAUUCGUGUUCAUCUUCAGUCCCGUUCUGCCACAAGAACAUCGUGACUUUGCCUGCUCUUGUAUGGGACUACCCCCUCCUUUAAACCCGUAUCAUCAGGGUAUUCUUUGCUCAACCACCGAGAACGUCAGUUGCUUCACCAUGACCAACGACGACCUGCCCAUCGCGUUACGGCGCACACGCCGGAGCAUGCCCGCAUCCGCUCAUGAGCCUUCACCAGCUCCAGCACAAUCCCAAACACCACGCAAGGCACCAAAACGCCGAGUCCGCUUCUCAGACCCAGGCCCAUCAGGAUCAACAACACCACGAACAACCCGCACCCUCUCAACAGGUCUCACACCAAUGAUCAACCGCACAUCUCUAUCCCGAGGAGGAGUCGCACCCACCCCAUCAUCAUCAUCAUCCUCACGCCGCCGUCACUCCAUGCCAAAUCCACCCUCCGGCGCGGCAUCAGACCUCCCUCCAAGUGGCGAAGUCCACUUCCUCCCCCUCCGCCAAGUCCUCUCAGGCCGCGUCCAGCGCCGCAUCCGCCGCAACGGCCUUAGCGAGGAAAUGAACACCAUCACAGCCGAGAAGCGCGCCAGCGCAAAGCAAGCAAAGGAACAGCUCCAGACUCUCCGCGACCAACUCCGCCAAAAGGAUGCGGAAAUCUACGAGCUGCAGAAUGCUACCAUCAUCCUCGACACGGAGCGCAUCUGGGCUCUGGAGAAGGAGGUUGAUGACCUCAGGAGCCAGCUAGCGGACAGAUCUUCUGCGUCCGCGGCAGCGAGGCAGAAGAGCUGCUUCGACUGGACGCUCGCGGCGCGGGACCCGUUCGCCGACGACUUUAUGGAGACGGACACCGUCGAGGCGGAGUCGGUGUGCGGGGAGAGGGUGCAGUAUGCUGACGAGACGGUGUUUGGGGAGGCGACGAUGGCGGAGAUGGAGUGUAGUACGCCCACGCGGGUGAGGUCUUCGUUCCUGACGCCGCCGCUGACGAGUCCUGUUGCGGCUGGGCCUGCUACGCCUUCUUCGCUUCGGGGUAAGCAGAGAGUUAGGGUAUCGGCGCCGUCGGAUGCCGGUGUGCAGGCUGACUUCCCUGAUCCAGAGAAGAAGCGGCUCGAAGAGGAGUUGGCUUCUUUGAGACUGGAGAUGUCGAAGCUCACCGGCACGUUGGAGUCGUACUCUGCUCUUACCGAGCGACUAUCCCAGAAGCUCGCCGCUAUUCCGCCUGAAGACACGGCGUCGGAUUAUUCCAUCGCUACAAUCGAGACGCAAAUCACAAGCCUCCUACGUACGAUUUCCGACCGCACCGCCGCGCUGCAGGACCUCAACGGAUCCCUCUGCGCCCUAGGCUUCCCCGGCUCCGAUGGCGCCGAGGUCGUGACCUCGCUCUCAGCCGCGCUGCGAACCGCCCGCUUGGAGCUGGAGUACCUCACUCCCGGCGAAAUCACUCUCCCGCUCUCCUCCCGCGGCGCAGAGGUUCUAGAUCUACUGCUCACGAGGCUGCGCGACCUCGCGAAGCGCGCAAAGGAGGAUGAGGCGUCGAUAGACGAGUAUCAUGAGCUGGAACUCUCUCUCCGCCAACAAUUGGGUGCGCGGGUCGCCGUGAUGGGCGAGCUAGAAACCGAGCUUAAACGCGCGAGGAAGGGACUUCAAGAAAAAGACGGCCAUGUGAGCGAGCUCGAGGUCAGCGUCGAGAGGCUCAAGGGCGCGGUGGCGGGCUACGUGCGUGACAUCAGCGAGCUGGAAGGCGUCGUAGGCAACAUGGAAAGCGAGAACCGCGACGCGAUGGCGACCAAGGACGCGCAGGUUGAAGUCGGGAGACGGGUUCUGCGCGCCAAGGAGGAUGUGAUCGCAAAGCUGGAGACGAAGCUUUCGGAUGCGGUGGCGCAGGGCCGGUCGUUGCGGAAGAGGCUUACUGAGGCGGAGGAAGCGAGGACGAAAGAAGUCGCGGAGGUGACUAGGCGGGGUGGUGCAGCGCUGGCGGUAAGGGAUGCGAGGGUUAGGGAGUUGAGGGAGGAAUUGGAAAGGGUGAAUGCUGGGUUGAGGGCUGCGCAUGAGGGGAUUAAGGAUUUGAGGGUUGAGAAGAGGGGUUUAGAGGGGGAGAUGGUGAGGGAGAGGGAGGCGGCGAAGGGGGUCAUUGAGGGGAUGAGAGGGGAGCUGGAGAGGGUUGUUGGGAUGAGCCGGGAGUUUUUGGGACCCGGGGCGGAGGAUGAGGCCGGAGCGGAUGAUGCGGGGCCGAAGAGUGGAGCCAUCGGCGGGUCGGAGUCUGGAGCCAAGAGGGGCCUGCUUGCGGGAGAUUUGGCGCGGCGGUCAUCCGGGAGAAAGAGGAGAAGGUAUGACAGCGGGCUGGGAUUCCUGGAAGAGGAUGAGGUUGAUGCAUGA